CAGCCCAGCCUCCGCCCCCGGCAGCGGCAGCGAGGUGGAGGGGCUCCCUGCUGCCCGCACCUGCACCCGCGCGUUGGCGACGGCGGCGCCGAGGCCCGGCUCCCCGCCUGCGCGUCUGUCUCGUUCACAUCACCCUCGGGCUCCUGCUCCACGACGUGACCAUGGCCGGGCUGCAGGAGCUGCGAUUCCCUGAGGAGAAGCCACUGCUCCGGGGCCAGGACGCCGCUGAGCUGGAGAACUCCGACACCUUCCUCUUGGCGGUGGACACAGACUGGAAGGAACAUGACAUCGAGACGCCUUACGGCCUUCUGCACGUGGUGAUCCGGGGCUCCCCCAAAGGGAACCGCCCGGCCAUCCUCACCUACCAUGAUGUGGGCCUCAAUCACAAGCUGUGCUUCAACACCUUCUUCAACUUUGAGGACAUGCAGGAGAUCACCAAGCACUUUGUGGUGUGCCACGUGGAUGCCCCUGGUCAGCAGGUGGGGGCGUCACAGUUUCCCCAGGGGUACCAGUUCCCCUCAAUGGAGCAGCUGGCUGCCAUGCUCCCCAGCGUGGUACAGCACUUUGGGUUCAAGUACGUGAUUGGCAUCGGAGUAGGAGCCGGAGCUUAUGUGCUGGCCAAGUUUGCACUUAUCUUCCCCGACCUGGUGGAGGGGCUGGUGCUGAUGAACAUUGACCCCAACGGCAAAGGCUGGAUCGACUGGGCGGCCACCAAGCUCUCCGGCCUGACCAGCACUUUACCUGACACGGUGCUAUCCCACCUCUUCAGCCAGGAGGAGCUGGUGAGCAACACAGAGCUGGUGCAGAGCUACCGGCAGCAGAUCGGGAACGUGGUGAACCAGGCCAACCUGCAGCUCUUCUGGAACAUGUACAACAGCCGCAGAGACCUGGACAUUAACCGGCCUGGAACAGUACCCAAUGCCAAGACACUCCGCUGCCCCGUGAUGCUGGUGGUCGGAGAUAACGCGCCUGCUGAGGACGGUGUGGUGGAGUGCAACUCCAAACUGGAUCCAACCACCACGACCUUCCUGAAGAUGGCAGAUUCCGGGGGGCUCCCCCAAGUCACACAGCCAGGGAAGCUGACUGAGGCUUUCAAAUAUUUCCUGCAAGGCAUGGGCUACAUGCCCUCGGCCAGCAUGACCCGCCUCGCCCGCUCUCGUACCGCGUCGCUCACCAGUGCCGGUUCGGUGGAUGGCAGCCGCCCGCAGGCCUGCACCCACUCGGAGAGCAGCGAGGGGCUGGGCCAGGUCAAUCACACCAUGGAGGUGUCCUGUUGAAGCCCCUAGCCUGGCAGAGAUGCCCACCUGCCCCCGCCCGCAUCGACGUCCCACUGGCAUCCUCGCGCCGGCUCAUUUUCCCUUUAGUUUAUUUUUGUGAAGGCCGGGGGAGGAAAUGGGUUCACUUCUCUUUUGUUAAAAACGUGAGGGGAUUCAUCCUAGAUGCUGCAGCAGAACGGUCUCCAGAUGGUUUGAGAGGCUCGCUCCUCCCCACCCCCACCUCACUCACCUUGUUAACUUGGCUGACUUAGGCCCCUCUUCCAACUCCCCACGGUCUGGGCGGGGCUCAGGGAGGAAGGGGAUCUGCUAAGGAAAGAGUUCAAGUCCUUCUCUGGGCAGGAUCCAGGGUAAUAUCCUGGACUGAAGAAAGCAUGGGAUGACCCCCAUGGGCAGGGCAGGUUUGAAGAUGGGAUGGGGUUUUGAGGUGGUGUGCUGGUACAGCAGGAGCAUGGGGUCCAGCUCAGGCACCGGGGUGACAGGAGACACCACAGGGGAGCACUAGGAGGUAGGGGCCCUGGAGCUCUGCAGGCCCCUUUCUCCCCAUCUCCCCCACCAAGCACAUCUGUUUCUGUCUUUUGCACAUGUGACAAUCAUCUGAACCAUAGCCACAAGGGGGCGCUCUGACCAGGCAGCAGUUUUCCUGGUGCUCUCUGGGCUAGCCUGGUGAUGUAGGGCCAGGCAGACAGGCAGGCAGGGGCUGAACAGGGUUUCUCUGCUCCAGGAAGACCAAACACAGAGGACCUUACAGGCAGGAACCCCACAGACUGUCCCAGCCCACACACUCCACCACCUCGUGGCCCUGUCCCAUGUCUGAGCCAAGGCCCUGAGGUAGAAAGUCACCUGAUCCUGUAUCUCCAUAGGGGCCUGACUUGGGGGCUGAACUUAAAUGCUGGGGUAGCCCAUGAAGGUCGGAUGCACCCCUGAGAACUUCACGGUGUCUGCCUUCAGGAGCCAGUAUGUGACUAGAGACAGUGGUGGCUGAGAUUCCCAGCAGACCCCCUCUUUUGUUCCCACGUUCCAUGGAGGACAACCCAAUCAGCAGCAGUGUGUCCAAGGCCACCAGAAACAUGGUGUUGUUAGGGAGAGUUCUGGUCAAGCUAUGCCAACAUUUUAUGUGGGCAUCACUAAGCAAGAAGAGAUUUUAUCUGGAAAGAAAUGGUCUAAGGUAGUGAGACUUCUGCAGGACCACAUCACCAUCUCAGGACUGUUGGAGUGGCUUGGGCUGGGGCUUGCUGGGUCCUGGGGUGGGAGGUGGAGGUUCCAAAAGAGAACAAGGUCCAGGCAGAGGAGAAAGGCUCUCCAUGUACCCCAGUCCCCUCCUUUCACCUGAAGCCCAGGACUGAGCCACAGACAUCCAACCCACCUGCACCAUCAGGGAGAAUCUCCUGGCCCAGAAACAGGAGCCACUUGUCUUGGAGCCUAAAUCAAUUGCCACAAACUCUAAAACAAGUAAAAGAGCAAUGAUAAAGGCAGUGCUAUGGAGGGGACAGUUGCAUGUGGGGUGCUCUGAGGCUGAGAGGACACCUGCAUCCACAUUUCUGCACAUAUCACCCCCUUCUAGAAUCUUAAGCCAUUACUAGACUGCUCUAGAGCCUGGUGGAGUGUUAGUCUGUCCCCAGUUCUAUUCACUCACGUGCUUCCUUUGAAUAUCAAAUGUGACUGUUUGAAAAGCUGGUAGAAUUAAUCCCUCUUAACUGUAGAUAGCGCUGCAAAUCUUGGAUUUUUUUUUCUGUCUUCUUUCAGAUAAGAUAUCUAUAAAUAUCUAUACAUUAUAUAUAUAUAUAUAUGUAUAUUGGGUCUUCCUGCGUGUGGUUUUCCAUCGGAGGUUGUCUCUUUGGUCAAAGUGAACUUUUAAUGGAAUUUAUUAUUUUCGUGUCUAUAUAAAGCGAAGAACCUAAUUUUGUGUAUUCUGGUGGCUGAUGUCAUGAAACUUUGAGACGACAAAAUGUAAAACAAAUAAAAACCCUUGUCAAAGUAUUAAGAGUUAAGUGUCUGGAAAACUAAUAAACUAAGAAGAAUUUUU